AUGGUCGCCUGCCUUCUGAAUAGUACCCGCCUAUAUGUUUCUAUAAAUCUAUUCGUCAAUUCAUUAUUUAUCUAUCUGCUUAUUAUCUAUCUCUGUAUCUAUCUAUGUAAUCUAUCUAUAAAUGCCUGUUUAUUAUCUAUCUAUCUAUCUAUCUAUCUAUCUAUCUAUCUAUCUAUCUAUCUCAGCCUGAGAAAAAUAAACUGUUUCUAUCUAUCUAUCUAUCUAUCUAUCUAUCUAUCUAUCUGUUUUUUCACUGUCUAUCUAUCUAUCUAUCUAUCUAUCUAUCUAUCUUUUUCACUACGAAGAAAUGUUCUACCAUUGUGCUCUUACUGUUCUGUUUUCUCUCUUUUAAACGAGUCACAAUCGUCGUUACUCUUAGAAUGCAAUGUCAUCUCGAAUGAACUUCAAAUGUCUCGGUGGGCCAGAACAAAAGCGCUUGAUGUCACUUCGGAGGUACAGCGGGACAUAUUAGUAACACUUGUGGAAAUGUACGAAAUGGAAACGAAUGACCAUGACGGUUUUAAUUCGGAAGAACUUGUUCACAUGGAUAUUGUACCAACGCAUUUAUAUCCGGGAGAGAAAACAGUUCACAUAUUGUUCAGCACACUACCUCAAGGCGACGUCACAAUUAGGCUGGAAGGUAUACCGAAACGCUUGCCAGCAAAGAGGUACACACAAAACACGUAUACGUGUGAAUUGCCAGAGGUUGGAGCAGGGCAAAAAAUAAUAUCGGUUUAUGUGGAGGGAAUCUCCCAUUCUGUGUAUUCGACGAGAAUCGUAAUAGUAACGGCCGAAAAACUCUUGGAAAACUACGUUGAGAAUUUACAACAGACAUUUGGUGGAAGAAACAGAUCAUCGACAUGGGUGACGAUGGGUUUGUUUUUCAAUCCAUUCUCAGAAUGUUUUUGCCAGGAAAACAUUCAAAUCUAUUAUGCUCAACGUAUUCAGGAAAUUUGGAAGAAUCAUCAUAUCCAAGGGCAAAGAGACAGUGGGUUUUCGGCAAAUGAAGAGAAUUUUUAUGAAUCAAUUCAUUCUCUUGAUGAAGGAUCGACAGGAAGUGAUACGUCACAUGGGAAACAUGGCAUACUUUCUCUCUCUCUCUCUCUCUCUCUCUCUCUCUCUCUCUUUCUAUUUUUUUUCUCUCUCACUGAGAUCCAAGUAUCUAUCACUGUUCAUUAUCUAUCUCAGUGUUUCUUAAACUUUUUGAAAACCACUGAUCUAUCUAUCUAUCUAUCUAUCUAUCUAUCUAUCUAUCUAUCUAAGCAUAUUCAUAUCUAUCUAUCUAUCUAUCUAUCUAUCUAUCUAUCUAUCUAUCUAUCAUCAAGAAACAGAAAAUCAGAGUCCUUUACGUCUUUCGUUAAGAAAGUGUUUCGCGGUGGUCAUAAAGCAUAUGGAAAAGAUCGACCAAAACCGAAGAAACUCUCAAGACGUGUGGCAAAGGCACGUUCCGAAAACAUGAAUCGUGUUCCAAAAUUGCCAGAAAAUCCAUACUAUGAAAGAUUUAGAAAACUUUCGUUUGACAGUUUCCAUCUAUCUAUCUAUCUAUCUAUCUAUCUAUCUAUCUAUCUUUCUCAUGUUGAGACCACGGCUGAGAAAACCACACGUAACGCAGCGAAAGCUGCGGCAACGUCCAUUCGACGGUCCCAGGAAUGGCUGAAAAAAUCGCACGCUGCAAGGGCGUCGGAAAAUUCCGCGCAAAAGCGCAAAAGGCGGCAACACGAUUCAAUUUCAACUUCCGCUGCUAGAGCUGUAGAAGGACCUACUGAAAGGCUUGAAAGGUUGAAGACUGUUAACCAGCGCCGCCAUGCACAGCGAGGGCUCUACCUACCUGCUCCGUUGAAAGCUCUGUUGGAGGGUUCCAGUCCAGACUCCAAAUUUUUCUUCGAAAAAAUCAGACAGUACAAUUGUGCCUUCCAGAUGACCUCUUUUGGUGGUAAUGCCUUCCGCGAAGUCGGUUGGAAUCCCACCUUCAAGGUUCAAGGUCAGGUUUACCAUCGGAUUGGGUCUCUUUUGCCGGAAACUGCCACUGAUUCGGCCUUUCUACAAAUAUACUUCAUAGCUGACUACAAUCAGCAGGGAGAUGCUCGCAUAGGCAUUACUCCCGAGAACGAUACAGGCCAGCACAAUCAUCCUCGCAGGGAUAUCAUAAUGUGUCUGCAACAAAUGCUCCACGAGAUAAACAGCUAUGUCCGCAGUUUUAAGUAUGCUCUCGAAAAUAACACUUCUUCUGAUUUCAAUAUUGUAAUUGAUGCUGACAAACGGACUCAGGGAGAGCACGAACGUCGUUACAAUGCUCCCGCAAGUAACGAAGUUUCCGUCAUUGUCAGCGGUGAUCAGCACAACAGACGUGACACUGUUAUCGAAUCGCGCGGCAUUCGCUCCAUCAAGUAUGUAUGCAAGUACAUCAACAAAGGGACUGAUGCUGCAAUGUUUGGUAUUAGGCAGGAAGGUUCCGUAGACGAAAUCCAGGACUUCCUUGCAGGGCGCGUCAUUAGCAGCACAGUUAUUCGUUAUUUUUCUGCGGAUGCAGCAAUGAAUGUGGCUGUGCGUGCCAAAGACACAACGCUUACAGCGUUCUUCAAACUUUGUCGACAGGACGAGUUUGCUAGGACUCUACUGUACCCAGACGUGCCUUCAUACUACGUGUGGACAAAAAAGAACACCUGCGCUCGGCGGAAGCGCAAAUAA